UAGUCCGAUUACUAGUAAUUAGACAACGAUCUUGUUUUCACUGAUGCCAUUAAUGAUCUGCGUAGAAUUGUUCCAUUGACUUGAAGGGAGAGAAGAGACGUCAUUAUUAGGAAGUUAGGGCGUUGUUCGUUACUCUUCUUUCUCGCAGAAAUGCCGGAAAGUUUUCGCCAAUGCUGUAAUGAUAAAAGGCCAGUGAUAAACGCAAUCCGUGGACAUAAGCUUCGGAAUAAGCAAGCUUAGGGCAGACCGGUUCAACGGCGUCGCUUGGAAACUACAUCAGUCCAGUCUUGUCUCUCAUCAAGUUAUCUCGCACCUCUAAGUGCUCUUUCGGUGCACUUAACAGCACUUCAUCAGAUCUUAGAGAUGGAGGAAACCGAGUUGGACCGAAGAAGAGGUAGAAAUUACCAAGUGCGUAAGCGACCUCAAAAUUGUUAAUUAACAUUAUGAAGUUACUUGGAAUAAAUGGAACAUAAUUAUCAAUUAAUACCAGAUUCGUCUUUCCCCGUUAAAUUCUACGAGAGUUGUAUUGUUUAAUCUUAUCAAAUGAGUUACUAGAAGGGGUAGUAAGACAUUUUUAAGAAACAAUCGCACGCAACUUGAUAAUUACUGUCGGGGAAGUGUAUUCUUUCUUAAAAGGAUUCUUUUCAAGGAAUAUCAGAAAUCCUCUCUUUGAGGUCAUCAAAGUCUGCAGAUAUAUCACUCACUGAUGUCUUUUUAUCUUCGAGAAAAUAUGACUGAAGGUCUGAUAGCGUUAUCGGCCACCUAGAACUUGCCCCCAGCAAAGUGCCGAGGUUAAUUAGUUUAGGCAUUUCUGGAAUCUGACUUUCAACACAUGAGGCGUGUAGAGCGCCCACGACAAGUACAUAUAUUCACAAGUUUACCGGAGAAUAAAAUUAAAUUAAAUUCCUUCAAUGGAAAACUUAAAAAGAAAGGAAUAAUUUAACAGCUCUACUAUGAACAAGCCUUGAUCUAUGGAACGACUUUUUGACAACAAUUGAAGAUUUAUAUUUUUAUUAUAAAUCAGGCGAGUCCUACGCAUAUGCUAAUUGUCCAUAGAAAAAAAUCUCAUGAUCGGUUCCGUCUCUCACCGAUCAUUUCAUAACUCGAGUAUAUAGCAUUACGUGUUUACGCACUUACGCGACAUACGCAUAUUUUCAUUUUUUGCACGAUUUAGUGGGACGAAUACACGUUUACUGACAGUAUCCUUUCAAGUCAAUUUUAUGAUUACACAGCUCCGUUCGUGAUUAUAGGCUUUGCGGAGCAUAUUAUAAAUCGCGUCAUAUCACUCGCGUUCUGAUCGGAAACUGCAAUUAUUGUACGUUUAACGUGCGGGUUAAACAUGUAAUUAAAGCAAGGAAUGUAAUUUUGUACUCUGUUGUAGUGUGUCGAUCCGUCGAAGAUGAUGAAGAUUAACUCUUCAAAUGCUGAUCGGCUUCAUUGCAAAUUUGUCGGUUCUGGGACCAGCAAUGGGUAUGGGUUAUAGUGCCAUUGCACUUCCUCCCCUGACUUCCCCAACGAGCGAAUUAAAAAUGACACAGAAUCAGGCAUACUGGAUAGCUAGCUCUGCAGCCGUGAGUGUCCCAGCGGGCUGUUUAACUUCGAGUUUCCUGAUGAGACGAGGAAGGGUGCCGACUCUCCUUACGACGUCGAUAGUUUCCUUGGCAGGAUGGCUCCUCAUCUACUUUUCGGCAAAUUACGAGCAGAUCGUCAUUGGGCGUAUUUUAUCUGGAGUGGCGAUAGGAUUGGCUUCAACCCCAACAACUGUUUACGCAGCAGAGAUAGCGUCCCCCAAAUUAAGAAGCACAAUGGUGACCUGGACGAGUGUGGCAAUCGCAAUUGGCAUCCUUGUCGUGUACACUGUAGGCUUCAUCUUCGAAGAUAACUGGAGGAUGGUAGCUCUGAUAUGCGGAAUCUUCCCUUUUCUUGCCAUCGUUUUGCUUCUCGCGCUGGUCCCAGAAUCUCCAAUAUGGCUGCGGGAUAGAGGACGCCUCGACGAGGCCAUCGAGGUGAUGAAGAAGUUCCGAGGAACCCCCAAGGGCAAACCAGCAACUGCAGAAAUCCUCGAAGAGCUUGACGUUAUGCGGAGGAACAAGGAGCUGAAGUGGAAGCACAUCUUCAGGAGGAGCUCCCUGAUGCCGUUUUUCGUGAUGCUGAGCUACUUCUUCUUCCAGCAGUUUUCUGGCAUCUUCGUGGUGGUGUACUACGCGGUGGACAUUGCGAAAGAGGCUGGAGUGGUUGCAGAUGGAUAUUUGGUGGCGGUGCUAAUCGGUAUCACGAGGCUUUUAGCAGUCUUAUUGGUCUGUUUCGCCUCUAGGAAGUUCGGUAGAAGAAAACCCUCCAUCUUGUCUGGUGCUGGGAUGACGAUUUUCAUGGGGCUCUUGUCGAUUUAUGUGCUACUUCUGGAUAAAGGUUACAAUAUCAACGAUGGCGGAUUUCUACCCAUCUUUUGUCUCCUGGGGUACAUCUUCGCCAGUACUUUGGGAUUCCUUGUGAUCCCCUUCGCGAUGGUCGGAGAGAUUUUCCCAUCCAACGUUAAAGACAUCCUUUCGGGGGUCACGACUGCCUUGGCUUAUGUCUUCAGCUUCUUCACCGUCUUCAUCUAUCCAUAUAGUUUGGAGACCAUGGGGAAACAUGGGGUUUUCUUCUUCUACGCCGCCAUGUCUCUUUUGGGCACGGUCUUCGUCUUCACGCUUCUUCCUGAAACCAGAGGAAAGACGCUUUCAGAGAUUGAAGAACUCUUCGUGAAGAGAAACAAAGAUGCCGAGGAACCGGAGAAGAAGGUCUUCACCUUGAGGAGUGUCACGGCUGAGUCUUAGAAGUCUCGAAGUGGAGUCGUCACAGAUCUCUUCAGCGAACAUGACGACGGAAUGCGACUUGACUUCCUUCGAGGUUAUUUGUACUGAAACCGAAGAAGUUUUUAUUUAUUUUUCUGAAGCCAGGAAUUUCAAGAAGUAGAUGAGGACCUCAUCCCAAAAAUGUGUUUCCUGAAGAAGGGAAGACCGAUAUCCCAUUUAUCGGGAGGGAAAUACGUUUUUCAACUAAGAAUGAGCGUUAAUCAAGAAAAACGUGCGCACAAGAUCGAAGCGAAUCCAAAUGGAGAUACUGCCUCGAUAUCUUGACGACGUAUCAAGAAUUUAGGCGACAAAUUACCGACACUAUAGUUAUUUUAAAGCCUGCAAAUCUAUCGGCAAAUCGAUAGAGCUGUUAACAAAUUAGCCGUAAGUUAGUAUUUAAGUAGACUGCCAAACUGUCAACUAAGAGUGUCCCGAACAAUGUAGCCAGAUAUUAGAAUAUCGAGUUCUACAACAACGAGCUAGUUAACUUUUCUACUAAUCGAACUUACGUCAAUUAUUGCAAACAAUUGACACUGGUAAAGGUUAAAAUACGUAGCGGACAAGAUUACACCCCAAUAGCGAAUAAUCGUGUUUGAUACAUUUUAUUAAUAAAAUCUUAAAUAAUAAAUUAACAAAUGGAGUAACAA